AAACCAUAACGGUUUUUUAACACUGCAUUUUUGCCACACCCGUAUAAAGGGCAACAAAAAUUGUUCUUCUGUGAUGUGAAGUGAACAGCAAUGCAGAAAAGUGAACAUAUACGAAAAAGGUUCGUCGCUUUGUUGUAGUCGUGCGUCGUUUGUUCGUGUACAUGCUAUCGAGCAAGACAGAAGCGGUCUUCAUGGAAUAAGCAAAGAAGGAUUGUGUGCAGUGAAUUCAUAAACAGGGUUGUAAAUAGUAUUACGUUUUCUUAACGUGAACGUACUACGAACGAUGAUAAGAAAAUACUGUUAAUGUUUACAUCGUUUAUUUUGUUUGUUGAUCCUGAACAAAACCAUGUGAUAUUUGACAUGCAUUGGGAUACAAAGACAUAUAAAUGUGUUAAUAUAACUACUAAGUAAUAGAACGAAAAAACUAAACGUAUAAGCCAAAUUUUCUUUGGCUAUUUUGCAUCUUACGAAAAUGGAAAGUAAAUCUAAAAAUAAACUCAAUUAUUAUGCUUAGUUUAUAAAUCGCCAUGGUCACAUUAGCAAAAGCAUAAGAUGAGACACGUUGCACGGGAAUUGUUUAUCAUAUUUGUUAUAUUCAAAUUCAGGAUUGCCACAAGUUUUGUUUCUACCGUGCUUUGUUCUCGCAUACCAGGACUAACACCAACUCAACGCUUAAUAUGCGCAGAGUCACCAGAUGCAGUCCUAUCGCUGGCGUCUGGGCAACUACUAGGAGCUAGUGAAUGUCAAACGCAUUUUCGUGAACAUCGAUGGAAUUGCACUCAAGUUUGGAAGAAAGAUAUGUUCGGGCAAGUAGUAGUUAUAGGCUCAAAGGAAGCCGCAUACACAUACGGUAUAACCAGUGCCGGUGCAGUGUAUUCGAUUACAGCUGCUUGUGCAAAAGGAAACAUUACUAGCUGCGGCUGCGACACAAAACAAAAAAUGUUUGCAUCUAGCGAUUUGGAAAACUGGAAAUGGGGCGGUUGUUCCGUGGAUAUUGGUUACGGAAUGCGUUUUGCCAAGAGGUUCCUCGAUGCACGAGAAAUCGAAAGCGAUAACCGUAGUCUGAUGAACCUGCAUAACAAUCGCGUUGGACGAAAGAUUGUAAAACUUCUCCUGCGUACAGAAUGCAAGUGUCAUGGCGUCAGCGGAUCUUGUGCAAUGAAAACAUGCUGGAAAAACUUGCCGUCGUUUCACGCCAUCGGAAGCAUAAUGAUGAAGAAGUAUCGAUUAGCGAAAUUAGUAUACGUGAUCCCAUCAACAAAUCAUAGCGCGCGUCGAUUAGCACAAAAAAGGAAACGACAAAUACCGCAAAAUGAAAAAAAUAGAGAAAGUGGUAGUCCAAGCCCAAAGAGAACGGAGUUAGUCUAUCUUCAAGCAUCGCCUAACUAUUGCGAACGCAACAUCAGCAUUGGUGUACCGGGAACGGUUGGCCGAACCUGUAACCGUACCUCAAACAAUGAGGACAGGUGCGAUCUGUUGUGUUGUGGACGAGGAUAUAAUACACACCAAAAUGUUCGUAUUUGGCAGUGCAAUUGUAAGUUUAAAUGGUGCUGUGCAGUAACGUGCGAUAUCUGUACCGAGCACAAAGAAGAGUACACUUGUAAAUAAAAAAAAUAAAUGAUCCUACGUAACUUACCUCAUUUCUUUGAAUACAGUGAAUGCAGUGCGCUUUGCGGUCAUUGAACUUUUACAGAAAAACUUAAAAUCCGUACUCGUCUUCUAGACUAUGUACUUUGAUUUGUGUAGCAUGCAGAGGUAGGUGAUGAAUUAAGCAAACUUGACACGGACGGGCAGCACCAACAUGGAACAAGGAUAUCUAGCGUUACGACAAAUUUGUCUGAUUCGAGAAUUUCCACUGCGCCAUUUCAUGAUUAUGUCGAAAGGCAAAAAUAGAAAACGAAGAAAUCUUUCCAAAGUUUUAAAAGAAAGGAUAUAAAUUAAUAGAGUGUCCCGAAAAGGAAAAAUACUAUUUGAAUGCUAUGCGUCAAGUGCGUGAUAAUUUCGCCACAAACUCGGCCCUUAUCGUUCCGCAACCACCGCAAUCAAUCUGACGUCUGACUACACUGAAGAAGUCGCUCAGUAGAGUUGAGGAGAAUCGAAAAAUGUUUUGAAGGCUAUUCCUAUAAA